AAAAUAAAGUUGGAAUUUUUUCGAAUUAAAAAAAUUGUGUGAUGUAAAGUUACAAUUACAGAGUUGCAAUUAUGAGAUAUAAAUUCGCAAUUUAAUUUGUGGGAUAAAGUCAUAAGUAGAAAUUACAAGAAAUAAAUGAGCAAUUUCGUGACAAAUAAACUCACAAGAAUUAAAUUUGCAAUCUCAAAAAAUAAAGUUCUCAAUUGUGGGAUGGGAAGUUGCAAUUGUAAAAUACGAAGUUUUUCUGUCGUAAAUGAACUUUCAUAUAAACCCAUGAGCUUUACAGUGAAAGCUUGAAAUAAUAGUUUACGUAUUUCUUUUAAUUUCAGUGUUUUUUUUUUUUUUUUUUUCUUUUAUGCUUCCUUAAAUAUUCCUCCCACACAUCUAAUUCUUUGGAAACGAGCCUCAUUACGGAUUAUCACCUGCUGUGUGAUUUCUAAGAGUUUGUGUUUAUGAAGUCUCCCAGGUUGUUGUUUAACAGACCCCUGUGCAGUGCCAGAUUAAGGCCCAAUAGGGGAAAGGCAAUGACGUAUGCUGUUAAAAGAAAAAGCUGUGAAUUCCAGGUCACUGUCUGUGGCAAUGUCUCGUGUCAGUGAGUUUGUUUAUAAUGCGCUUGCUUUUAUAACCUCAUAUGCAAAUUUGUUGCUAACUUGGCUCAUAAAUUGUAAAUAUAAGUGGAUCAGGUUAGAAAUGACCUGCAUGAGGCAUGACUGGUGGGAGUCUCUAAUCUUAAAGCUUAAUCUCCAUGGCCAUAAGGCUUUAUGACAUGCCCGGAAUGGACCAGUAACCGUGGAUGCGGAUGGCACCAGGGCAAAGAUUAAUCAGCGGCGCAUUAUUUAAAGGCCAUCAUAAGACAAAGUCCCUGAGUUGACUCCGUUUCGGCCACAGGAUGAGGCGGCUUAGAUGUUCUUGGAGCUCCUUGAAACCUAUAAUCAUCAUCAGCACGCCACUGGCUUUGCUACCCCUGCCACUGGUCAUCCGAACAAAGGAAGCAGAAUGUGCGUACAUCUUAAUAAUAAUGGCUGUAUACUGGAUGACAGAGGUCUUGCCUCUGUCUGUGACGGCACUUAUCCCAGCGCUGCUUUUCCCUCUUUUGGGGAUCAUGAAGUCUUCACAGGUUGCAGGGGUAUAUUUCAAAGACUUCCACUUGUUGCUUCUUGGUGUCAUCUGCCUAGCAACAUCCAUUGAGAAAUGGGGUCUUCACCGGAGAAUCGCCCUCAGAUUGGUGACUGGGCUUGGAGUCAAUCCUGGCAUGUUGAUGCUCGGGUUCAUGGUUGGCUGUGCUUUCCUCUCCAUGUGGCUAAGCAACACUUCAACUGUGGCGAUGGUAAUGCCAAUUGUGGAGGCAGUGAUCCAGCAGGUUUUGAAUGCAAGUGAAGAAGCCAGCAAAGACCACAAGGGGGCGUUAAAUGGCAUCUCCAACCCUGCUCUUCAGCUUGAAGAUAUUGAGGCACAGCAUGACCAAUCGGAGUCUGAGAAGAUAAAAAGUAUCGAAGCAGGCAUUAUGGAACAAAUUCAAACAGCUCCUGAGGAACCAGAAACUGUUGAACCGCCUCCACCGUAUAGUGGAAGGUACAGGACCCGUGAAGAUCACAUGAUGUGCAAAGGCUUGUCACUUUGCAUUGCCUACUCCUCAUCCAUUGGUGGGCUUACCACAUUAUCAGGAACAUCCACAAACCUCAUCUUUGCUGAAUAUAUCUAUCAGUACUACCCAGAUUGCACGGUCGUUAAUUUUGGGAACUGGUUCGUGCUUUGUCUUCCCAUCUGCAUAAUUAUGCUGAUUUUGUCAUGGAUAUUCCUGCACUGGAUGUACCUCGGAUCCAACUUCCGUGCCAGCCUGUGCUCCAGACAGCGAACCGAAAAGGAAAAAACCACUGCCAAAGUACUCCGGGAUCAGUACGAUUCACUGGGGCCCAUAAGCUGGCAGGAGAUUAUCACCUUGAUCAUCUUCACUCUGAUGGCAGUUUUGUGGUUUACAAGAAACCCAGGUUUCAUGCCUGGCUGGUCAUCACUGUUUCCCAAUUACCCAGGUUACGCUACGGAUGCCACUGUAGCGCUGUUGCUGGGUUUCACGUUCUUCAUCAUCCCCGGGCACAAACCAAGUGCAGAGCGCUAUGAGGCCUUGAUAACGUGGAAGGACUUCCAGGCCUGCAUGCCAUGGGAGAUCAGUCUACUUGUGGGUGGCGGUUUCGCUUUGGCUGAAGGCACAAAGAUUUCUGGUUUGUCGACUUGGGUUGCUGAAUUGCUGACUCCCUUGGGAAAUCUCCCUAUUUUAGCCACUGUCACCAUCGCCUGCCUUAUUGUCACCUCUAUCACAGAAGUUGCCAGCAAUGCUGCCACAAUGACAAUCUUUUUGCCUAUACUGGCUCCCUUGUCCGAGGCAAUUGGAGUCAACCCCUUGUACAUGCUGAUUCCCACGGCCCUAUGUGUGUCCUUUUCAUUCCUGCUUCCGGUUUCUAAUCCACCCAAUGCCAUUGUCUUCACAUAUGGUCAUCUGACAAGCAUGGACAUGGUAAAGGCAGGGCUGGGUGUAAACGUUAUAGGUGUUCUUACAGUCCUAUUAGCUCUUACAACAUGGGGAACACCUCUGCUCAACCUGGACACCUACCCAGACUGGGCACCGGUUGUAAACAGCACUGGAGUAUGACCAACACUGUGAAUAUUUCACAAAUGUGGACAUUUAGUUUUCAAAUUACAUGGACCCCUUGAUGUUGCCUGAAUUGGUGACAAUCCAAAUGUUUUACUCAUUUGGACCACAGCUUGGAUUAGGCAAUGCAACAGACUGAAAGCUGUUUUGAACAUCAUUGUUUAUAUGUUUUUGUAUUUUCAGCAUUUUAACAAUCGUUGGCUCAAGUCUGUGAUUCCUUAUGCCAUUAAGCUUUUUUGUGGGGUUCAAAGAGGAUGCUUUGGUGCAUAAUUCAACAGUGCAAUGUUUAUACAAAAUGUAUUAUAUUAAAGAUAUUUCUUUAGCUUUAAGCAGAGUUUGCAUGACAGGGUUAGUCCUGUCGGCUAACGUAGCACUUAAUGUUUUAUAUAAUUGUAUAUUUUUGUUAUACAGUAGCCUGUACAUAUGAGUAUAUUGUUAAAAUUACUGUACAUUGUGGACAAAAGAGAUUAAAGAGUAAGUAACAGACAAAAUUUUCUAGAAAGUAGACAGUCUCACUUUCAACAUUAGACACAAACUCGCACAUAACAGUGGCCAGAAAAUAAUAGCUAUUGAUUUUAGGUGAGUUACUCAGCUCAAAAGUGAGCAUUUCUAGCCAGUGCUUCUAUUGAGCUUCAAAGGCAUCAGUCAGAAUUAGAUAAUUUAACAAGUUUUGGUUUAAAUAACAUGAUACAUUUUGUUUUUUGUUUGUUUCCAUACUAGAAUUUUGUAUUUUAAAUGGAAACUCAACAUCUAAUUUGUUUGACAUCCAUUUUUCACACUGUAUGUGCUUUUUGUAAAAUAUUUCUUGUUACGACUAAAAGUGUGAGACGUUACUUUCUGUCUUGAGUGUUCUUUCUUUCACUGUUUUGGCAAGAAGAAAGCAUUUAAAUAAACACCCUAAACCAUUAACAGUCAUCAUAUUUUAGCAGGAACUCACACUGAUUUUAAUAAACAAUGCUUUGCAAUCUGUAUUAAU